GCAAUGCUAACAUAAUGGGUAGUGUGUAUGCCAUGGUGUUCUAAUUUUAGGAUUAUGUAUCUGCAAAAAUAGAGCUUGCAUAAUCCAAAGGUGAGUGCCCAAUCUUUACAUAACAACAUAUCACUUUCAAAGGUUGUGUGGUCUAAAUGCUUCAUGACACUUUGUAUCACUAAUGUGAUAUUUGACUUCACAGUCACCUCUACUCCUCUUUCAAGCGGCUAAGGACUGCAAAUGUUUGGAAGGAUGUACAUGCUGUGCAGCUAUACAGAGAUUCCAAUUUUCAUUUCUUAAAAACUGAAGAUUUCAGCAGCUCCAUUGUUUUCCCAAAAUGACAGGUCUUCCAAUAAAUAUCAUAAAAUAGCAUGAAUGUCACGGGAAUCAGGGUGGGUGUGAUCUUUUUUCUACCUGGAACAAGACUGCUACGUAGUUAAACCCAUCCAGAUCCAUAAUUUAACAGCAAGAAGACUUUUAUCUUAUUCAAAUCAGCAUAAUUCACAGGAAAGGAUUGUGCUGUUCAUGUUGCAGUAUCUCUGAUGAUGAUAAAGCCAUGCCAUUAGUAAGAGUUUGUAGGUGCAGUUCCUCAAUCAUAUUUACAGUAUGUCGUUAUGGUUAGUUAUGUUAAUGGUUUAUUAUUAUUAUUAUUAUUAUUAUUAUUAUUAUUAUUAUUAUGGAUUUACUUGUAAUUAAGUCUGUUUAGGAUUGCGGCUUUUCUACUUGAAGAUCUACCAACCAACGUGGGCUCUUCUCUGGUGUUGAUGCUGGAAAAUGCAUUGUCUUUGGCAGAAGCUUUGACUUAAUGCCCAUUGAAAUCCAGCUGCAUAGAAAAGCCAGGUUGCAAAUGCUUUUCAAUGGCUGAGCCUUGGGUUCCUGCCCAUUGUCAGAACAGUUUCAGAAGCAUAUUAAGACAAAGUGCCAGUGUUUAUAUUAAUGUUAUUUUUAAAAUGGCUUUUGUUUGCAUGGUUCUUGCAUAUUUUAGCAAGCCUAGCUCUUUCCCACUUUGUUCUUUACACCGUGCUUUUCCAAUCUGUUCUUCACCUUCUGUGCCUGCUAACAUUGUUUCCCAUCAACAUACUUGCAAGUCCUAGAGGCAGAGAAGAAAGCGCAGCACUUUGCUGGAUUUUCCUACCUAAAACGUCUGAUAGAUGUUUAGCUGUUUGCAUUUUCUGUGUCUGUGGGAAGCCAAUUAAUGUCCAAAGUGAUAAAUCUAAUCCCUCUCUUUGACUUCUUGCAUUGGCUUGGUUAGCCCACAACUCUAAGCCAUGGUUUGUCUAGCCCAAGUGUGGUUUGUUUGAUUAUCCAAACCCUGCCCAACAGACUCACCAUGGCUUAUUUUCUGUCUACAAACUAUGAUAUGAAGCUGUGCCUUGUUUUUGCAUUAUAAACCUUAGCUUGAUUGGAUGAUGGUUUGGUGUUUUAUCUGCACUCAACAGCCUUGUUUAACUAAAUGCUUGCCAAGUUACAAAAGCACAAGGCAAGGGCAGCUGGAAAACAAAACAAGCCUUGGUGGAACAAGCUGUAGCUUGUUUGCUUCUCUGUGAGACAACUCAUGAUUUGCUGAGCAGACCAUGGUUAAAAGAAACCUUGGUCUAGUGUUAUGUGUGAACACAACCAAAGUCCUCUCAUUUAUUACCCUAAAGCAGAAGUCUUGUAACCUUAUCUGUGUUGAAUAUCUUUUGCUUUGCAGUGAAACCUACUUCCACCUGUGCAGGAUUUUGGCAAGAGGGCUGAUGAUUAUACAAAGAGUGGUGUUGAGCUCACGCCCUGGUGUCAAUGGAGAGCCAGUUGCAGGAAACUUUCGUAUGGAGGAAGCCACCCUACCGGAUAAAAUUGCUGAGGGUCAAGUCAAAGUUCGUACACUUUAUCUGUCUGUUGACCCUUAUAUGCGAUGUCGUAUGAAUGAAGACUCUGGUUCUGAGUACCUCCAGUCCUGGAAGUUGUCUGAAGUCACUGAUGGUGGGGGAAUUGGUUCUGUGGAGGAAAGCAAAGAUGCCCGUUUUGCUGCAGGAGACUUUGUAACUUCCUUCAACUGGCCCUGGCAGACGAAGGCCAUUCUAGAUGGGAAGCAGCUUGAGAAGAUUGAUCCACAGCUUGUAGACGGUCAUCUUUCCCAUUUUCUGGGUGCAGCCGGCUUGACUGGGCUGACAUCUUUGCUAGGAAUAAGAGAGAAAGGACAUGUGUCUCCAGGUGCCAAUCAAACUAUGGUGGUCAGUGGGGCUGCUGGUGCCUGUGGUUCAUUGGCUGGGCAGAUAGGUUCCCUGGAGGGCUGUUCCAGAGUGGUUGGUAUCUGUGGCACCGAUGAAAAAUGCUCUGUUCUGGUGUCAGAAAUGGGGUUUGAUGCAGCUAUCAACUAUAAGAAAGAGGAUGUGGCACAACGGCUGCAUGAGCUCUGCCCGGCGGGAGUGGAUGUAUACUUUGACAAUGUUGGUGGAGACAUCAGUGAUACAGUUAUUAGUCAAAUGAAUCCAAAUAGCCAUAUCAUUUUAUGCGGCCAGAUCUCCCAGUACAACAAGGAUGUACCUUACCCCCCUCCUCUGCCUCCUGCAAUAGAAGAAAUAAAGAAAGUGCGAAAUAUCACAAGGGAAAGAUUUCUAGUUCUGAACUAUGUGGAGAAAUUUGCAGCUAGUACUAUGCAGCUCUGCCAAUGGAUCAGAGAGGGAAAACUGAAGGUAUGGCUCAAAUCUGAAGGCUAAAGAGACCAUAGUAAAAGGCUUAGAAAACAUUGGAGCUGCUUUCCAGUCUAUGAUGAGCGGGGGCAACAUCGGGAAACAAAUAGUUCUUGUUUCUGAGUAAAUAAGUCAUUGUACUGUUUCCUGAGUGUCUACUAUGAAGAAAAAGCAUCUUUUAUUUGCAAAAGUUUGGUACGAUAUUCUCCUUGGAUAGGUUCUCCCGUUGCAUGACCAGAAACAGAUUUCUAGUUUCGUAUUCUCAUUUAAUAGCUGACUCUUAUCUCACUGUUGUGACACUAACAGAAGGCAAGUCCAAGUUUUGAUUCCAGGUCCCCUUAUCUGAUGUUCCUUGUGUAUUUCUGUACACAUUGCCUUAAGACAGGAAUUUUGUAAAAGUAAGAAUAUUAUCUGUGCUGCCUUUCAAUCUCAAGUGUCUGAAUACUACUGUUUAGCAAUAAUUGUGCCACGCUCUUAUAGUAUACCUUGGUUGCUACUAGAUAUGAGAGGACAAAGAUAAAUGCUUCUGAUACUAUCGCUGUUAAAGCUGUUUAAAAGUUCUAACUUGGCUUCUUGAUUAAUGUGAUCAAGUGUCAUUCUAGGUACGGUAACCUGAUUCCUUCAGUUCUUUAUAAUCCUGCCCACACUAGAGUAAACAUACAGUGGAACCUCGGUUUAUGAACACCUCGGUUUAUGAAUUUUCGGUUUAUGAACGCCACGGACCCAUCUGGAACGGAUUAAUUCAUUUCCCAUUACUUUCAAUGGGAAAGUUUGCUUCAGUUUAUGAACGCUUCAGUUUAUGAACAGACCUCCGGAACCAAUUACACCCAUGCUUCAGUUUAUGAACGCUUCAGUUUAAGUACUCCGCUGACCCGUCUGGAACGGAUUAAUUCACUUUCCAUUACUUUCAAUGGGAAAGUUCGCUUCAGUUUAUGAACGCUUCAGUUUAUGAACAGACUUCCGGAACCAAUUGUGUUCAUAAACCGAGGUACCACUGUAUUAUUUAUUGUAUGCAACAAAAGAAAUCAAAUUUUGUAAGAAUAGGCCACACCACAAAUUUUAUUAUCACAUUGUAUGUAUUUGGGUUAAAGAUAGGGGAAAGUGUGUUCCUACUUAUGUGACUAGGUGCAUAAGAGUUGUAUAGUGUCAUAGCUAAUACAAUGAAUUUGGGAAGUGCCUGUUUUGAAUCUUGAAGCUGUCAUGAUCUUGCUAGGUAAGCAUAGGCAAGCUCAGCCUCACCUGCCCCCAUCUACCAUGUGAAGGAUAAUAAUACUGCACUGACUUAGCUUACAGGUUUGUUGUAAGAAGAAUGAGAUUUUAUAUAUAAAAUGCUUUGAACACACAAGAGCAAUACAAAUGUUAAUUACCAGCACUGCAAUUAAGGUAUAUGUUCAUCUACUUGCUCAGUGAUGAAAUCCUGCAGGAGCUGAUUAGUGGGAUAGGAGAGCUGGGGGGGGGGAGGAAAUUCACAUCUGGCAAUCAAUGCGCCCCUUUGGUUUCAGAUAGUACAUGGGUAGACAAGUCUAAAAAGUCCGGGACACAAUGGUGGCUCAUUUACCAGAAGGAAUGUAUUUAGCAUUAAGUCUGGAAGUGUAUACUGUACUUGAUUCCGCCAGAUGUGAAAUAUAUUGACAUUAUUUUCAGCUCUCCUAUCCCACUAGAUCUGUUACAGCAUUAUUGGAGUACGCUACUACGUAACCUUAAAUUCAUGCAUCUGAAUCAAUGACACCAUUUCUGAACUGGAGUUGGUAGCUGGUGCAUGAUGACUCUGUGCAUGAUCAUACCGACGGAAGCCGAUGUUUCUCCUGUGAGAUAGAUCUCUCUUAUAUUCAAAAGAAUACUGGCAAACUGAAGCCAAUACUUGCAACUCCAAGAAUAGGUUUAAUAUGCCUUAGGCUUAGGUUCUUUCUAUGGGUAUUAAUACUGUGCCAAAGUAUAUAUAAAUUAGGGUUACCAGACGCAGUCCCCGGAUUUGCAAAUCUGUCCCUGGAAAAAUUCUGUCUCCAGAAUGUCCCCGGAUUUCAUUAAAUGUCCCCAGGAAACAUGGCGGCAGCAGCAGUUAGCAGCCCGGAGCCAGCCUGAUAGCGCAGUUGGCUCUGGCUGGCUUCAGGAGCUGCUCACUGCUGUGGCACCCACCAUUUUUCCUCACAGGAAGUCCCCAUAUGAUGUGUUGCACACAAGACAUCUAGGGCUUCUGCCUCUUGGAUUUGUGUGACUGUCCAGGCUUGUGUGUGUGUUUGUUUCUGGGCGGUGACCUUGCAGGUGACCUUGGAAGUGUGCUCUCCCUGAGCACAUGGUCUGAGGGGGCGGGGCCUCUGUGGAAUCAGGUGAGUCAGGUGACUGGCUGUGGGCGGAGCUAGUCAGUGCCUGGAGUCCAGCGGCACGCGCAGUUUAAGCCAUCUUUUAGAUUUAGGGGAGUUAGUCUCAAACAUUUAUUGGGGGAGCCCUAGGCUUCUUUUUUGUCCUGACCUCAAGCUUUUCAAGAUGGAGGGUGAGGGAACAAAUGCAGUCACCUGCAAUUCCUGCGCACUGUUUGUAUUCUUGCCAAAGAAUGUAGGCAGCUACACCUGCGGCAAGGGCAAGUUGGUUGCCCUACUAGAAGACAAGGUCCAGCAACUUCAAGCCCGUGUAUCUAUGCUCCAGAGAAUUAAUGAGCUGGAGCUUUUCUUGGAUGCAGCAGAGCACACUUUCUGCACCAAGGAGGAGACAGGGGACAUCCCUGAGGAGGAGGUCAGUUCCCCAGCACAGGUGCCAGAUAUAUGGAGGAAUGUGACUCAUAGAAGUAAAAGGCCCAGGGAUUGCUCUGUGGGUUUAGAACUACACAAUCGAUUUGAAGUACUCCCCCUUAACAUGGGAAGACGAAGAACAGACUCCAUCUGAAGAUCUCUCCCUCAUCACAGUUGAUCAGGAAUAUGAAGACGAGCAAAGUCAGUCCUCCGGGAAUAUGCAGGUGGUGUUUUUCUAGGGAUGGGUGGCAUCCAUAGGCACAAUGCACUCUACCGAAACAUAGGGUUUGCUGCCUCCCCCAAUCUGUCAAAACAAAGGGGGAAGAAGGCAGGAGAUGGGAGAGGCUCGGGAGUUGUGGGCGAGCGGUGCGCAGUUGCCCAGGAAGGGCACAAGGUGCGAAGUUUCUCUGCUGGGCAAGGCACGGAGGGGUGAGAUUACUUUGAUCCCCUUGGCCAACUGGAGCAGUGGCGGAGCUGGCACGGAGCUGGGCAGCUAAGCGUGAGAGAGCGUGAACGAGAGUGUGUCCCCGACGGCUGGGAACUGCAGAAGUCAAAUUGAUUUUUUUCUGUUUCACUCUCAAACAUCCAGGGGAGCAAACUGCACUCUGCCCCUUGGGUGCCCGCAGGCUCUGCACUGCCUCCCCCCCCCCCAAGCUGUAGGGCGCCUGAGUGGGAGGGGGCAGGCAGUACUUUUUGUGAAAUUGGCAUCUUGAUUUUUCUUAAAACAUUCUGGGUUUUUUGUCAGAAUGCCUUAACCACUUAACUUGACAACAUUUUUUUUCCCAGCAAGGAUACAAAUGAAAUAAAGAAAAUGUGCUUGUUGGGCCCAUUAUCUUUUGCCUCACCAUCCCCACUACUGACUCCCUGUUGCUACUCAGCUUUUUUAAAAAAAGUGCCCCUGGACUCAUUUUAAAAAAUCUGGUAACCAUAAUAUAAAUGUAACAGGAAUACAGCUGUGCAAUUUAGUCUCUACUAUGGGACUCAUCUUUCGGUGGGAUAGGACUUACCUUUUUUGGUGUAUUCCUGGAUGAGCUUGUUAGGAAUUUUGUAUUGUGGUUUUAAAUAUUCUGCUUUUCAACGUUGUCUGUAUUCUACGGUAUCUUGCAUUGUUUUGGGACUUUUUUUUGGUAGAAAUAAACUAACAUAAUAAAUUGUAAUAAAAUAAAUGUUGAUAGCAUCUUCCAAAACAAGACAACUUUCAGAGGUUGCCCACUGAGAAAGUGCUAUAGGGGGAUAGCACAAAAUGGCUGUCACAUGCAAAAAGACAAGAAAAAAUGUCAGUUUCCCCAAAUGGUGCAGGCAUUCCCCCCCCCCCAUGGGAAAGAGCUACUUACAUCAGUCGCUACCACACCUGUGUCCCUCUCCUCUGUUCAGAACAUAUAGUGGAUGGGUGUCUCCUCUUGGCAUCCAAUGGAAUGUGGAAACAUUUAAGGGUGUGUGUUCAGUGUAAGAGAGGCUGAGCCACUACAAACUCACUCAGUAGGAAGAGCAAACAGCCUUUUUGUGCAUUGUGAAUUUUUGAGAGGAUUCUUUGAGGCCUUUUGCAGGCACACCAGUGCCCAAUACUAUAGCAGUGCAGCCUAAACAACCAUUUGAGUAAUAGGAGGAAGAGCUAAAUAACACACAUUGAUAUUUGCUUAUACUGAGGGUAGCCUGACUCAAACCAGCCAAGCCUCCCCUGCAACUUUAUCUCCUGCUUUGAUCGUGUGAUAAAAACUCUGUCUGUUCUGUAGUGUGAUUUUUAAAGAGCAGACAAAGUGCUUUAUCUUCUGCUUAGGAGAUAAAACAUCCCUCUGACUGCCUCUUAAGAGUGGAUUUUGAUGGAGCACUCAAGACUGAUAUUAUAUUUCUAAUCUCAGCACAGAGCUGAGAGAUAAAAGGCAGCAUUUCCCCCCCCUAACCUCAUUCCAGAGCUUUGGGAGGAGAGCUGUCAUUUACUCUUAAAUAGAAAGCAGGGGAGAGGCAGAGUGGUGGAGGUGUAACAUCACUGAAUGCUCUAUUUUAUUUUGAGAAAGAUGCUUUAUAAAGGGCAACCAGAGGGAUGUUUUGCAUAGACUGAUCUGUACAAAAUAAAAGGUGCAAUUUCCAGCUCCUCUUACCCCACUCCUGCGAGUGCUCCAGUUGGAGAACAGCCUUUACCAAAGGUGUCAUGGGCUUUGAAGAAACUCGAUCUCAGGACGUGCUAAGAGGAAGGCACGCUUGGCAAAUCCACACCAUGAUCAACUCCCGCCCGGAAACCAAUGUCCCCACUAUGGAAGGACGUGUGGAUCCAGAAUUGGCUUCCACAGUCACUUAUGGAGCCAUUGUUAAAACCGUGUUUAUGGAAAACAAUCUUACUCGGAUAUGAGUGAUCGAAGAAGAAGAAGAGCCCACUCCUGGAGAGCUGGAAAUGUGGCAAGAGAACAUAUGUAUGAGCAUUUGUAUAUGAAUUGAGACUGCAUGUCUAGUAUGCAGUAUGUACAUGUGUGGAGAGUAAGAGUGUAUAAAGUUUGCAUUUUUUCGAAAUUGCGUACGAAAUAUCACUUAAUUAACUAUUUCAUGUACUUGAAGUGAGCAUGCAUUAAGAUUCUGCCAGUGUUCACAGGAUUAACGCACCCCCCCCCCAAUAUAGCAACUCCCAAGGCUUUUUAACUUCAAUAGGAAGCUGCUUCAAGAGAUCAUUCAAUGAUUUGGUGUGAAGGGUCACCAGCAUGCAGAUGACCUCUAACUCUAGUUUUCAUUCUCAACUUAUUAAAGUGAGGUAGCAGAAGUGCAAAAGCACUGAUGAGCUGGAUCAGGGCCAAUACACAAACUUAAUGUUAGCAAGACAGAGAUGCUAUGGAUAGGUGAUUCAUUUGCUCAGGGAAGUGGAGUUCAGUCUAUUAUAGAGGGCGACAUUCUGCCCUUAAAUAAUCAGGUUGUGUCUAGAUCCGGCUUUGUCACUAAAUAUCCAAAUAAAUGUUGUGGCAGCAUGAAGAAA